CGAUAAGAAGUGAAAUUGAGGUCAGAUGGCUCUGAGUAGGCCCCAGCCCUACGCUAAAAUUAUUGACGGUGUGCCGAGGUGUCCCUUCGCGACUCCGGAAAGCGUAAGGCAUGGCCUACGCUUCAUGGCACAGAAAGGCGACGUACUGGAGGUGUCAUAUCCCAGAAGCGGCACUCACUGGGUCCAGUGCAUCAUACAGUUGAUCUUGAACAGAGGGGAGCCAUUCAGCGAAUACAUGGAGUUUCGACUACGUGCUCCUAUAAUCGAAUACCGCCCAGACCUCCCGCCACGCCCUACCAGCAAGCCACUGCGGACUUUGUGCACGCACCUUCCACUGUGCUUGGAAAAGCUGAACCCGGAGGCGAAGUAUGUCUACGUGGCCCGUAACCCUUGGGACGUCUGCGUGUCACUCUACCACCAUGUGACGUCUCUCAGCUUCUAUCGCUUUCAAGACGGAACAUUCGACGAUUUCCUCGAGGCUUUCUUCACGGGACGUCUUCCAUACGGCUGCUACUUUGAGCACCUGGUGGCCGGAUACUCACUGAAGGACGAGCCUAACAUUCUCUUCCUCACGUACGAAGAACUGCAGCGAGAUCUGCGUGGAGGGGUUCUUCGUCUUGCCAGCUUCAUGGGCGAAAAUCACUUGAAAGAUCUCAAGGAAAAUCCGGUGGAAGGGCAGAACUUAUUGGACGUUAUAGUCAAGAACACCAGCACUGAUAGCAUGAAGAAGGUAAUGAUCUUCGACCUUACCAAAAAUUUCUACCCAGAGGUGGACGAGCUCUUAAAAAACCUGAAACCAUCAACGAAAGCAGCCCACGCAGGAGACGCCAAGCGUCAUGAACUCGUGAGGAACGGCAAGGUGGGCCAGUGGAAGGAGUACUUCUCUGCCGAGCAGCUGCAACGUAUGGAGGCCGCCAUCAAAGAAAAGACCAGUGGUUCUAGCGUAAUGAGCCUAUGGAGCGACAUAAGAGCAGACGCACUGCGUAUGUGCUGAGAAAAGACAAGCUUGCAACGUUCACGCUGCUGUACAGCACCUAUAGCUGUCAAUGCCACACGGCGCACGUUCAACACGAAGUUGCGUUUUCCUUUCGUCUUGUUCUCCUCAUCGACGCCUGACAACCUACUUCAGCACACGGCUAACCCCCAAAAUUUAAACUCGGUGUAUUUGUCUUGUUGUAUUCGCUUACGUAUGAAUUUGUGAACUCAAAACACUUUAAAAUACACGUUAAAGAAGUGCACGCACACUUCUUAGAUGGCAGUACAAGGCUGGGGCGGGACGCAGUACAUCGAAAGUCAAGCUAGUGCACCUUUGAGCAGCUAAAACGUAUCUAUUGAAG